AUGGCGCCCAUUACACGGAGCAGUGCUGGGGAUCUAUCCCGUCAACUAGAGACGCUUCAGCCUCCAGGAUCGUUUGAGAACCAUCGUGAUGCCAGCUGGCAAUUUGUACCAGAGUUAAAGGCGCCAUCAGAGCGAGAGCUUUCCGCUGAGCCAGCUUCAUCAUACGAGGAGGAUGCAGACAUGAUGUCGGACGAAGGAGACGACGAGGGGUACGGGAGACAACUGCAAUUGGAGGGCCCGGAAGACCACGAGGAUAUCCUUCAUCCCCUUCGCGAGGCUGCAAAUCGAGUUGGGCGUGAGGUUGAGAAGUUUGCUGAAGUGCUUGACGGGUAUAAUCCUCUAAGGACUAGUGCGCCAGAUGAGAAGUUCGAAAUGACUCUGGAGCUGAUCGAAUUAUAUCAUGGCAUCGCAGCAGAGACGCUUGAUCGUUUAUGGGAGCAGCAUCAUACCGAGCGCAGGAAGAAGGAUGGCUUGCGAUGGAGGACGAAAAUGCGAGGCUUCAAGAUCACACAGGAUGCUGACGAGUUUGAGCCCGAGGACGACGACGUAGCAGAGUCCGGUGCCUUUCCAGAACUGCACACGACCUUGGAGGAUCUAGAGCGCUGGGAACAGGAAGCUCAUACCUGGGAUUUAUUACGGCGGCUUGUGCACCUUCGUCACCCUCCAUCAGGUUCAGAUGCCAAAAAUGAGGAGGCUGUAUCGCUCAACCCGUAUUCCUCGGCACAAGAUAUCUGGGAAGGCUUUUUCAAGACUGAUGACCUUGCUCGCGAGCGCAAUACUGUACUUCAAUGGCUUAAGGACACAGCGGAGGGAUCCGGCGAAGACAUCGAUGUGCUUGUGCAAGAUCUUCAGCAGAAUGCCGAACGUGGAGAUAUUAUAGCCCAUGGGUGGCUUCACACCAAGGCGGCUAUCAAAAAUACGAAGCGGGUAAGCGACUUGUCGAAGCCUCUUGACCCGGCGUCGCCGGAUGUGAGGAAAAUACACAUGAACUCUUCGAAGACGGAAGCAUUAGUAACUCAGCUUGACCCUGAUGCCCCGACAAGGCAGAGUCGGAUACUGCAGGUGCAGGACCAAUAUUUUGAGAGAGCUAUUUGUCUGGGUUGUUACGAAAUGCUGCGCCGCGGAAAACGGCCAGACGAGAUCAGAGAGUGGUGCAUGGAGCGCACCGAAACCUGGAGAGCUGUGAGCAUGUCUGGUCUUCCCGACCCGGAAGAUACGGAGCCCGCGGAUCCUGCAUCUUGGUUUCUGUGGAGACGAAUGUGCUUCUCUCUGGCCCAUAACGGAGGCGGGGAUGAAUACGAGCGUGCAGUUUAUGGAAUUCUCAGUGGAGACAUAUCGAGCGUUGAACCCGUCUGUAGAACAUGGGAUGAUUUCGUUUUCGCCCACUACAACGCUUUAUUACGAACACAAUUCGACUCAUAUCUGCAGAAGAUCUAUCCCCAGAUCUCCGUUCCCACCAGCCUUGCGAAUUUCGGAGUGUUUGACGCAGUUCAAUUCCAUGGCGACCCCAAAACUGCCGGAAUGAGACUUGUUGGAACACUUGAAAAUGACCCUCGCACAAGGAAAGAAACAUUGCAGCCGAUGAAGAUGCUUCAAGGUGUUUUGGUCGCAGACCAAUUCCAAAAUUUCAUAUAUCAGCAAGGCCUAGCACUCUCUAAAUUUGCCAAUGCUGAGAGCCCGUCAAAUCUUAUUCCAGCCGAAAAGAACCAACCCACAGAUCUUGAAAGAUAUGUUACUCUGGAUGACCAUGACAGUCUGAGGGUCCUCACACACGUUCUAUUAGUGUAUAUGAGUUUGGGAGUGGAUCUUGGCGGUGUCUGGACCCAGACAGCCGUGGAGAACGUCAUUGUCUCCUAUAUCAGCUUCUUACGACUUGCUGGCAAGGAGGAGCUAAUACCCUUAUAUUGCUCUCAACUCACUGGCCCUAGGAGGUACGCUAUUCUCAGUAGAAACCUCAUCGAUAUCACAGACAAUGAGCAGCGAAUUACACAGAUCAGACUCAUGCGGGAACUUGGUCUCGAUGUGCAAGAGUUUGUCAGGAUGCAAUCGAGGUAUCUGUUUCACGAUUAUCCUGAUACCGUAGAUGGCUACCCCGCUUCUGGAAACUUCAAACUCCUCGACAACGUGCCAAAUACCAACCGCCCAGGGCGUAAGGUCAAAGCAGACUUCUUUGGAGAUGAUGAUGGCGAAAUCGAAAGGGUUGAUAUGCUACUUAUCAGGAGCCUCGAGUGGUAUUUACUCGUAGACGGCCUCUGGAGCGAGACUUUUAUUAUCGGCACUAUGCUAUACUUACGGUUCUUCAAACACAUGCAUCUUAGCGCUGCUCGUAUGUUGGCUUCGAGGGUCUGCAGCUCAGAUAUUGCGCUCAACAAAACGCGCGCAAUACUCGGUGAAAGCGUCGACUUUAAUGGGCUAGAGAACGAAGGCGAUGAAGAUAUGACCGAGGUCCUAGAUGGUUCAGCGGAACGCAAAAGACUUUUGAAGAAGCACCUUCUUGCUGAGGCGAAGAAUUUCAGAGAAUUUGAAGCUUUGGUUGAAGCGUUAGACAUGAUUGAAACAAUUAGCAGUCUUGAGAAGCUCCUGAAUGAGAAACCGGAUGCCAAAAUGGAAAAAGAGAUGAAGUCUCAACUUGGAAAGACUCUUAUGUCCACUCGCGGCUCAAUACCCCCUCUCUUGAAUGGCUGGCUUCUCACAUUUCCCAAUGGUAUGCCACCUCCUACUUGCAUUAUGUACGACCUCACUAACUUGUUUCUCCUUACAGAAGAUGCCGAGGCUGAAUUCCUGCUUUUGCGAGAAGCAUACCUCCCUGAAACCAUUCUCGCCUACAUCAGCACGCUGGAAUUUGCAGGUGGCGCAUUGACUCGAGAUUUCCUCAUGGAGUGCAUGGAUCUAGCUGCCACAAUCGCCGAGGAAGAUUCCGAUUUAUUGCCACUAUUCCAGAAAACUGGCAGGAUGCCAGAGCUAGCUGAAGGGUUCGCCUCUGCAAGCAAAACCUUGCUUCUCAUUACCUCAGCAAAGAGGAGCACUGGAAGAAGUAAGAAAAUGAAGGCCAACGGAUGGACACAUGACCUAUGGAGUGUGAAGUCAUGA